UCUCUACUCAGAUACACUAUCCAGAAACUAAGACAGAGUAAUGCUUCUGCCUCUCCUCUUCCUUUUGUUUUCUCCACUCUCAGCAGCAGAGCUUUGUCAUCCUGAUGACAAAUCUACACUUCUGGAAUUCAAACACAGCUUCUCAAAUCCCAACCCUUUUCCUACAUGGGAUCCUACUUUUGAUUGCUGUGAUUGGUACGGAGUCGAAUGUAACGAAACGACAAAUUAUGUUAUCGGCCUUAACAUAAUCUCUGAUGAUCUCAAUGGGACAAUCCCAACUGUUCUUCCCAAACUAAAACACCUCCAACAUCUACGGCUUCACAAGAUCCCGAAUCUUGUUGGUAGAAUCCCUCCUGAAAUUGGAGAAUUGCCACAUUUGACGUACCUAGUUAUAAGCUGGACUAAUGUCUCAGGACCUGUCCCUGAUUUUCUUGCAAAUCUCAAAAGUCUUGCUUAUCUUGUUCUUUCUUUCAACCGUCUAUCCGGUUCAAUCCCUCCGUCUCUUGCAAUGCUUCCAUAUCUUUACGCCAUCGAUCUCAGUCGAAACCAGCUCACAGGGCCUAUCCCAGAAUCUUUCGGGCACUUUGCCAACACAGCUGGAUUCCCAGCGCUUGACCUGUCUCACAAUAUGCUGUCAGGAGACAUUCCAGCUUCUUUGGCAAAUGUGAACUUCUCUCAGGUUGAUAUUUCAAGAAACAACUUAUCAGGAGAUGCUUCGGUGUUUUUUGGCAAGGGAAAGGUCACUAACACUAUUGUCAUUUCGAGGAACAAUUUCCAGUUUGAUUUCUCAAAAGUGAGUUUCAUGGAGUCUUUGGAUGUGCUGGAUAUAUCUCAUAACAAGAUAUAUGGGAGCAUUCCACCACAGAUCACUGAUGCUGUGUACUUGCAGUUUCUGAAUGUUUCUUAUAACAGAUUGUGUGGGAAAAUUCCCAGUGGUUGGAAGCUGAGGUACAGGUCAGAGAGUUGGGAUAAUACAUCUUUCUUUCAUAACAGGUGCCUGUGUGGGGUUCCUUUAGAUCCAUGCAAAUAAUGAUCAUACAAACUGGAUUUGCCCAGUGAUGUUUGUUUAUGCAGAAAUUCUUGUUGAAUGAAAGGCUGCUUUCUGCAUAUAAUUGCCUUAUUCUGGGUUCAUAUGCCUCUGUUCCUCCCUGCCGGUUUUCUUGUUCUAUAAGAACUAUUUUGCAGUG